GAGCAGACGUGGCAACACAAGACGUCAUCACCGUGGGCCCGUGGUUCAUCAUUCAUGGCUGUACGGAGCUAGUUGAGCUAGCAGCUAUAUUCUGGGCUGAAGUUUAGGUAUACCGCUGAGAAGAUGAUGGAAGAGAGUGGGAUUGAGACUACACCUCCUGCUAGUCCCACUCCCCCUCUGACUGUGGCUGCUACAGUCAGCACCCCACCAAACCCUGCGGGUCUGUCCAGUCCUCUGACCCUCCCUGGGACCAGCUCCAUCGGUUUGCCCUCUGUCUCCACCUCUCUACCCCCCAUUCCAUCCCUUCCUGCUUUCAGCAGUUCUUUAGCUUCACCCCCUUCCCUCUCCUCCCAGUUUCCAUCUGCCUUACCUUUCACCAGCAGCUCUCCCUUCCCACCUUCUGCCUCCCCCUCUUUGCCCCCUCUGGCCCCUUCCAUCAGACCACCUCCUGCUCCAGCUCCAGGCAUGUCUGCCCCACCUGUGGGCCCACCCAUCUCCAGCUUCUCCAUGAGUGCAGGGUAUGACAUCACACGAGGUCAUGCUGGUCGAACACCACAGACACCACUGAUGCCAACAUUCUCCAGUCCUACUGCCCUGCCAGGUGUCGUGUCCAACCCCAUGGUUCAGCAGCCAGCCAUGACAGGAGGAUUAGAUACUGGAUCUCCAAUCACCUUCCCAGAGGAGCAGGAUGAUCCCAGAGUGGCAGGAGACACCAACACUGGUGGAAGCAUCUGGGGCUUUUUCAAGGGAGUAGCAGGUAACGCUGUAGUGAAGACAGUCCUGGACAAAACCAAACACUCUGUGGAGUCCAUGAUCACUACCCUGGAUCCUGGCAUGGCUCCAUACAUCAAGUCUGGUGGGGACAUUGACAUUGUGGUGACUUCCGAUAAGGAGAUGAACGUGGAGGCAGUCAGAGAUGCCUUCCAGGAGGUUUUUGGGAUGGCCAUGGUGACCGGAGAACCUGGGCAGUCCAACAUCGCCCCACAGCCUGUGGGCUAUGCAGCUGGUGUUAAGGGAGCUCAGGAGCGCAUUGACAGUCUGCGACGAGGCGGUGUGAUCCAUGAGAAGCAGCCAGUUGUUUCUCUGGAAAACUUUAUUGCUGAGCUUUUUCCUGACAAGUGGUUCGACAUUGGUUGUUUAAUCCUGGAGGACCCUGGUCAUAGCAUCCGCAUUGAGUUAUUCACCCAGGCAACCCCUCUGGCACUCGAUCACAUUCAGCAGGCUCAGUCCCUGACCCCUCCUGACUACAGCCUGCGCUGGUCUGGUCUGAUAGUUACAGUGGGUGAGGUCCUGGAGCGCAGCAUGCCUAACAUCAACAAAACGGACUGGCACCACGCCAUGACGGGUAUGACCCAACGCCAGAUGAUCCAGAGUGCUGCCAAAGCUCUGGCUGGAAUCUACAAACAGCAGCUGCCACCCAGGACUGUGUGAGGCUGAAUGGUUCUAGCUUCUGUCACAUACUGGAAUGAGGUGGAGGCAUGUCGGAGGACAAACUUGCUGAUGGACAGCGAGACUCCACGUUGCUUCCCAUCUACUCUUUAUCUGUCCUUGUAGGGCAAAGCCAAAUGCACAUUUCGCCAUUAAUAUUUAGGUUUGUGUCCGCAGAUGUUUACUGACAUUCCAACACAUUUUUACCAAGAUUUAUUUAAAGACUAUCGGAUACCAAAUCAAAUUUUUUUUUGUGCCAUCUUAGGCUUUCAAAAAAAAGACCUAACCUUUAACUGAUUAUCCCUUUCCCUUCCUCCUCCUUACUCAUCAUGUAUAUCAUACCAGCAGUACAUUGUGGCUUCAUUUAGUUUUCAUGAUUAGUUUAAAUGCAUUUUUAUGGUUAUUGUAGAGACUGUGUCCCUGUUGUACAUUAUAUAUUCUAGAUGUGACUCAUCCAAAAUUUUGGAAAACUUUAAACUUCUGAGUGGAACACGGCUCUGAUGCAAGGAGACUCAAUAUGAUGUGGACCUGACCUGCGUUGGCCUGUAGUUUGGGAACUAAUCCAACCUGUGUCCUCUACAUUAAUCUGUAAAAAUGUACCAUUUUGGCUGUUGGUACACAAGAAACUGGUGUCCUGGUUUGUAGUAAUGAUACACAGUGUCUGCCAGUGUCCUGGUGCUGCCACCAGUUUCACAAUUUCAGAACUUAAAUAUCAGCUGAAUAGGUUUUUUAAGGACUGUCUAAGCUCUUGCUAGAAAUAUCACUCUACCGUCCACUUGUUUUUAUUUUUAUCUAGCUGUAAAUAAAUACUCCAUUAUCCUUGUCAGAAAAAAACACAUCCCCCGACCAUUCUAAAUGAUCAUGUGAGGGGGCCCUGAAGCUGAAAUGGCUGGGCUCAAUAAUGCACUAAUCACUUCUUGUUCUCGGCAUACUGUUUCUGUCAAAUUCAUGUAAUAACUUGCUGUGUGGUAAUUUCAUUAAACACAAAUGAAU